CCACGCAGGUAGCCGUAGAAAGGAAUAAACGUUGCCUUAGAAACGGGCUCUGAUCGUGCAGGCCACCGAGUAUUAGCUAAAGAAAAACGUGUAGAAUUUACCCGUAUAAAGCCGUAAUGGCCACAAGUACCUCGUCUGUAUUUCUUCUUACAGUGAACGGACAAAUAGAGGGCGCUAACUUUCCAGAAUAUGACAGCUUAUACUGCAAAUAUUGCUUCGUCUACGGGCACGACUGGGCUCCCACCACGGGAUUAGAGGAGGGCAUUACUCAGAUAACCUGUAAAAGCAGUCAUUCACACAAGUUAAUCUGGAACUUUCCAUUGGAGAUUACAUUUAAGAGUACAAACCCAUUUGGCUGGCCUCAGCUUGUGGUGAGUGUGUACGGACCAGAUGUGUUUGGUAACGAUGUAGUCAGGGGCUACGGAGCAACACAUGUCCCCUUCACACCUGGACAACAUACAAAAACCAUCCCCAUGUUUGUUCCUGAGCCCACAUGGAAACUUCAGAAGUUCACAGGCUGGUUGUUGGGACGGCGGCCCGAGUACACAGACCCUAAAGUAGUAGCGCAGGGUGAAGGCAGAGAAGUGACGAGAGUUUGUUCCCAAGGCUUCGUUACCAUCUCCUUUCAUAUCAUGACUAAAGACAUGAAGAAGAUGGGCUAUGACACAGGACCACUGGUCCCAUCAGACUUGCAGUCUGCCACAUCAGAAUGGUCAACAGAGGAAAAAUCACACAUCUAACAACAUGAGAUUUAUUCAAUCUCAUUUUCUUUUAGCCUUUACGCGUUGACCAGAAAUCAAUUUUCCUAUCGGCCUCUGUGUACAUGUAAUACCUAUAAGUAAUGUCAUUUGGACUUUUUUUCUUGUUUUAGAUAUAUUUUGUAUUGUACUGUAUUUUCCUACUUUUUUAAAAUAAAUGUGAACCA